AUGAUUGCACGGCCUGCGGUGGCGAGCUUCAGCUGUCGCAGCUGCCAAAACAGCCUCCUCAAGGCCGUUUUAGGAGCAGGCCGCCCAAGAACCACAGCUUCGGCACAGCGUCUGGUGUCAAGGCCUAGUCUUUCACUUCAUGUCCAGCAGCGGAAUCUAGCGACAACGACAAGACAACUCCGAGUCGACGAGAAACUACACCACACUGUCGAUGAACCGCUCAACGACACAAACCAGUGCCAUGAAGAGGAUACACCAUGGUUCCUAGACGAGGAGCUGCCCGAGCCUCCAGCCAGUCACCACCAACAGACACUCCCCGUCGCCCCCGAAGAUGCGCCCGCCGUCGUGGAGCCCAUGAUGAAGUACAUAUUCGAGGACAUGGGUCUCGACGACCUUGCGCUGUUUGACCUGCGCGAACUCGACCCGCACGCCGCGCUCGGCCCCAAUCUCAUCAUGGUGUUUGGCACCGCGCGCAGCGAGAAGCACUUGCACGUCUCCGCCGGCCGCCUGGUGCGCUGGCUGCGCAAGCACCACGACUGCGAGGCCAAGGCCGACGGCCUCAUCGGUGCCGGCGAGCUGCGCACCAAGCUGCGCCGUCUGCGCAAAAAGGCCAUGCUCAUGGGCACCAACGCCAACAUUGUGCCCCGCGGCGACAACGGCAUCUCGACGGGCUGGAUCUGCGUCAGCUUCGGCAUCGACGACGACGGCGCCGGCCACGUGAGGACCGCCGACGCUCACUUUGACGCCACCGGCCGCCUGGCGGGCUUCGACGCCGGCGCCGCCGGCACCACCAUUGUGGUGCAGUGCAUGACCGAGGCCAGCCGCCAGGAGCUCGACCUCGAGGCGCUGUGGGAGGGCAUGCUCAAGAGAAGCAUCCGCGACGGUCGCGUCGUCCACGGCCAGCCGCCGCUCUCCCCCGACGCGCUCCAGGAGCAGGUCGCUGCCCGGCUGCAGCUGCCCGAGGGCUACAACCAGUCCGCCAAGCAGUGGCAGGCCAUGGCGGACGCGUCGCAGAAGCGGUACUUCUCCACGAGCGCGCGACGCCGGACCGCAGAGAGCACGCCCAGCGAGUCGCAAACGACGAUCCUGCACCUCGACGCCGUCGCGGCGCAUGUCCGAGACUUUCAAGCGUCCGGCGCGCCCAUGGACGCCGCGGACCUCGUGCGCCUGAUCCAGCACGUGUUCCGUGCCGGGCCCGACGGGCCCGAGACCGCCGCGGAGCGCAUCCAGCUCGUCGACCAGCUGCUCCUCGCCGGCGAGGAGCGCGGCAUCGCGCUGCUCUCGGGCGACAUCCUCAUCACGCUGAUCGAGGCGCUCGUGUCGUCGCCCGCGUACGGGCCCGCGCUGCAGCGCGCGCAGGCCAACAUGGAGUUCCUCCUCGCCGAGCGGCGCAUCGCGCCCACGGGCGAGCAGUCGCGCCGACUCAUGGCCGCGUACGCCGCGCGCCACGACUGGGAACGCUUCUGGGACGCCUUUCGCGCGCCCGCGCGGUUCCAGCAGCCGCGCGGCGCCGAGCUUUACGCCCUCGCAUACGCCGCCGUCGCCGCCACCCGCGACGCUGCGCUCUGCACGGAUGCCCUGCGCUGGCUGUACAUGGAAAUGGGCCGCGAGGCGCCGCCCGUCGUCCCCGCGGGCGCCGUGUACGACGCGCUCAGGGCGUGUAUCCUCGUUGCGGACCCGGCGGCCGAGGAGCUGCUGCACCACCCGCCGCCCGAGGAGGACAUGACCACGCUCGAGACGCGCAGCCUCAAGCACCGCGAGUUUGUCGUCAUGCUGCGCGAUGUUGAGCGUGUCCGCAAGGAGCUCCGCACGGAGGAGGCUAGGCAGGAGAGACAGCAGGCGCUGGACUCGGAGAUCCGGAGCAGGUUCGAGACGUAG